GGCAGAUGCCCGCAGGCUGCCAGCAUUGCACCCUGGCCUAAGCGCCACCCUCUCCCUGCCCAUCUUUCGCCACUCUUGGGCCAGCUGUCAGCUGUCCCCAGGGCCGCACUGACAGCUCAGGUGGGACCUCUCCCGGCAGUGAAUCCCAAGGCUGGGAGGGAUUUCCGGGCCUGGAGGAAGAUAUUUUGGGACAAGGGCCUUUCCAGAACUCGUGAAAUCACGCACCCUCCCGAAGCCCCACUGGGACCCUGGCAAAAGCUCCUUCUCCGGCAUCCUGGGUUGCUUGGGGUUCAGUCCACACCUCAAGGUUUGUCUGGGGCCAGCAGCCUCACUGCAGUGGUGACGGAGGGAGCCGUCGGCGACCAUGGCCUCGCGCAUCGGGCUGCGUAUGCAGCUCAUGCGGGAGCAGGCGCAGCAGGAGGAGCAGCGCGAGCGGAGGCAGCAGGCGGCCGUGGUCCAGUUCCUGCAGCAGCAGCAGCAGCAGCUUGGGGCCCCGCCCUCGCCUGCCAUCAGCACCCCUGUGCCCUUCCGGCCGCCGCCGCCCGUGCCUGGUGAGGUGCUCAAGGUGCAGUCCUAUCUGGAGAACCCAACCUCCUACCACCUGCAGCAGUCCCAGCAUCAGAAGGUGCGCGAGUACCUGUCUGAGACCUACGGGAACAAGUUCGCAGCCCGGGUCAGCCCAGCCCAGGGCUCCCCGAAGCCCCCACCUGCCGCCUCUCCCGGGGUGCAUGCGGGGCAUGUGCUGUCCACCUCAGCUGGCAACAGCGCGCCCAACAGCCCCAUGGCCAUGCUCCACAUAGGUUCCAACCCUGACAAGGAGUUUGACGAUGUGAUUGACAACAUCAUGCGCCUGGACAACGUGCUGGGCUACAUGAACCCCGAGCUCCAGAUGCCCAACACGCUGCCCCUGUCCAGCAGCCACCUGAAUGUGUACAGCAGUGACCCCCAGGUCACAGCCUCCCUGGUGGGGGUCACCAGCAGCUCCUGCCCUGCCGACCUGACCCAGAAGCAGGAACUCACAGAUGCUGAAAGCCGGGCACUGGCCAAGGAGCGGCAGAAGAAGGACAAUCACAACCUCAUUGAAAGGAGGCGGAGGUUCAACAUCAAUGACCGCAUCAAGGAAUUAGGAAUGCUGAUCCCCAAGGCCAACGACCUGGAUGUGCGCUGGAACAAGGGUACCAUCCUGAAGGCAUCUGUGGACUACAUCCGGAGGAUGCAGAAGGACCUGCAGAAGUCUCGAGAACUGGAGAGCCACUCUAGGCGCCUGGAGAUGACCAACAAGCAGCUCUGGCUGCGCAUCCAGGAGCUAGAGAUGCAGGCGCGGGUGCACGGCCUUCCCACCACCUCGCCAUCGGGCGUGAACAUGGCUGAGCUGGCCCAGCAGGUGGUGAAGCAGGAGCUGCCCGGAGAGGAGGCCCCGGGGGAGACGCUGAUGCUGGGGGCUGAGGUCCCUGAGCCCGAGCCGCUGCCAUCACUGCCCCCCCAGGCCCCGCUGCCCCCUCCCGCCGAACCCCCGUCCCCGUUCCACCACCUGGACUUUGGCCACAGCCUGAGCUUCGGGGAUGGGGGCGACGAGGGCCCUGCAGGCUACCCCGACCCCCUGGGGCCCGAGCACGGCUUCCCCAACCUGUCCAAAAAGGAUCUGGACCUCAUGUUCCUCGAUGACUCCCUGCUGCCGCUCGCCUCCGACCCCCUCUUCUCCACCAUGUCCCCCGAGGCCUCCAAGGCCAGCAGCCGCCGCAGCAGCUUCAGCAUGGAGGAGGGCGAUGUGCUGUGACGCCGGUGGCCCCCGCGCGAGGACGGGGUGGCCCCAGGCCGCACGUGCGUGUGAAGCCGUGCUCCCCGUGACUCCUCUGUGGACUGGGUGCGCGCCUGGCGGUCUGUGGGGUCCCGAGGCAGCACCCCUAGGGGCAAUCCUGUGGCUGGACUGGCUGUGAGCCGACUGCAGGGGCUGCGAGGAGACAGUGGCCUGGGCAUCAAGAGCCCUCACCCCACCCCUGUGCAGGGUGCUGGGUAGCAGGGGCUUUGGGGAGCUCCUGUGAGGCGGCACCUGCCCGGGGCCCUCAGCCUCGCUUUCUGGGGCUCCACAGUCACCCCGCAGGUGGGCACCUACCCACCUUUGGUGCUAACAGCUCUCCCCGUGGGGUGAGGGCGGUGUGGCCAGAAGAGAGGG